CUACUUUUGCACUAUCUGGUUGCUAGGGCUGUUUUAUGGGCAUGGGCUGGGGCCCAAUAUAUUACACCGGAUUUACAGGGAUUCCAUGAGCCCAUGAAAUAUUCCAUGGGCCUAAGGUGUGGUUGGAAAUAAAAAGGUGGAGAAAUCACCCGGUUGCAAUUACGCUAAGCUGUAAAAUGCUGGGUGUCAGAACUCAUCUGUCAGUGCCGGCUUUCUCAUCCUCCAAACACCUUCUCCGUCAGCAUCUAAAACCACACUCCUACUCAUCUGCAUCAGCAUCUAGACCCUCAAUCAAGAUGACGUCAUCAUCAACACCAACCCAGUCAGUGGUGGAGCACAUCGUGCUCUUCAAGGUCAAAGAUGACACUGAGCCUUCCAAGGUCUCUGCGAUGGUCAACGGUCUCAGCUCCCUCCUCUCCCUCGACCAGGUACUACAUCUCACGGUGGGCCCCGUCCUCCGCAGCCGCUCCUCCACCCUAACCUUCACUCACAUGCUCCACAGCCGCUACGCCACAAAGCAGGACCUCGACGCCUACUCCGCCCACCCUAGCCACGUCAGUGUCGUCAAGGGAAAUGUCCUUCCCAUCAUCGAUGACAUCAUGGCCGUCGAUUGGGUCUCCCCUGCCCUCCCCGCCGACCACCUACUCACGCCGCCGGGAUCGGCCAUCCGCGUGAGCUUCCUGAAGCUUAAGGAGAACGCCGGUGAUCACUCCAAGGACGAGAUCUUGGGGGUUAUCGGAGGCAUGACGGAGAGAUUCAAGCAGAUCAGUCAGCUGAGUGUCGGUGAGAAUUUCUCGCCGGCGAGGGCGAAGGGUUACUCGAUUGCGUCCCUGGGGGUUUUUCCGGGGGUGGAGGAACUGGAGGCGGUGGUUUCAAAUGAGGAUGUGGUGAAUGCUGAGAAGGAUAAGGUUAGGGAUCACAUAGAGAGUGUGGUGGUGGUUGAUUAUGUUGUUCCACCUACUCAAUCUGCUAGCCUUUGAUUGAACAUGCACUCCAACUGUUUGAUCAAUGUCCUUGAGUUUCUAUGUGCUCAUUUAAUAAAUUAUUAUGCAUGUAUUUGGAGGAGUAAA